AUGGUACCCAAUUUAGCCACGCUGCUGCCGCUUUCCCCAGACCCCACAGGGACCCCCCGUCUGCUGAAGAACGACUCCGCCUGUGGGACGUCAGUGGUCCCUCAGCCAGAUGGCUCCGUAGCAGUAGAGACGGCCUUUGACGGAUGCUACACCAAGGCGCAACGGGGAGGUGACCGCUGGCUCCUCCCUCGCCAGGACGGGAGCUAUCGGACAACCGUCCAGAUCGAAGGCGUCAGACCUGAUAGACAGAUGACCUCCUAUAAAAAGGAACUGAGGUGCCCAGAGCCACGUCUAGUCCUGGAUCCUCCCAGCGCCAGCCUAUGCUCAGCGGUCCAGCUUGCAGACCGGCUGCCCUGCGGCUCCGGUCGGGUCAGCCACGGCGAGUGUUCCCACUGGGGCUGCUGCUUUGACCAUCGGGACAGAGUGACCCCCUGCUAUUACGGCAAGGCAGUGACGGCACGCUGCACCCCGGAGGGCAGCUUCUCGCUUGCCAUCUCCAGAGACGCCGUCCUCCCGCCACUCCGCUUGGAUUCGCUGCAUCUCCGGAGCAGUCGGGGGGGGCGCUGUGGGCCUGUGGCCAGGAACAAAAUAUUUGUCGUGUUCAACUUUCCACUUUCUGCAUGUGGCACAACCUUCAAGGUAAGUGGGGAGGGCCAUCGGGUCUACGAGAACGAGCUCUCGGCAGACGGACGGGUCCUCCUGUCCUCUUCAGGCUCCAUCACCCAGGACAGCAAUUUCAGGCUGACCAUCCACUGCAGCUACUCCGGAGAUGAGUCCCUCCCCGUGAGCGUCCUGGUGGCCUCUCUUCCUCCCCCACCUGCCAUUGCCCAGCAGGGGCCCCUUGCUCUGGAAAUGCGGAUUGCUCGAGACGAGACCUACUCCUCCUAUUAUGUUGACCUGGACUAUCCGGUGGUGAAGCUUCUCCGUGACCCCAUUCACCUCGAAGUCCGCCUCCUUGGGAGGAGGGAUCCUGCGCUCGUUCUGCUCCUCCACGAAUGUUGGGCCACCCCGAGCACCAACCCCCUCCGGAAGCCUCAGUGGCCCCUUCUGGAGAGCGGGUGCCCCUACAGAGGAGACAACUAUCAGACCCAGCUGGUGCCCCUCUGGAGGGACCUGGGGCUGCCCUUUCCGUCUCACCAUCAGCGCUUCAUCGUCAGGACCUUCACCCUUGUGGACAUGGAUUCUCAGAGGAUGCUCACCGGGCCGGUGUACUUCCACUGCAGCGCGUCGGUGUGCGUGCCUUCUGCCCGGGAACAAUGCAGCACCUGCUGCGAGGCCAGCACGCAGGGGAGACGCCAAAGAGAUGCUCGGGGAGGUGCUCCGGCAGAGCCAGGGCGGGUGCGGAUGCUGGCUUCUGCCGGGCCUGUGGACUUCUUCAGCCAGGCUGUGGAGGCCUCCCUCCCAGAAGGGUCCAGAGCGCUCCCCUCUGAGGGGUUCCUGCGAUGGGAGGACGGCCUUUCCCUGGCGGCGGGGGUGGCGGCUGUGUUGGCCUUUGGGUCGAUGGUGCUGGUGGUGCUCCGAAGGCGUGGGGAGCAGCAUGCGGGCGAAGGACUUUCCUGCGCGUGA